GUGGUACUUAACUGUUAAUGUUAUCCGCAUCCGGCUAGCUUAACUAACAGACUGCUUGCGUUCUUCCGUCGAGCCGAACAUGCGCCUUGCUAUCGCCAGCAUCGACGCGACGGCAAGUUCCCAUUGAAAAGAACAUCGUUCCCGAUGCAUACCUAGGCCAUCUGCGCUGCGCCCGCCGCUAAGUGUACCUGAUGGCAUUCCGAUAAGCGUGUUACCGACUAUGUGACCGUUUGACUGCUUGCGCCACCAGUCUCACCCAACCGCGGCGAGCUAUGAACGAUGAUCCGGGCCCGAGCUCCGCCACCCGGCAGCUGCCGCGACGGUCCGAUGGCGACGUCGACGCCGCCAGCGAGCAGCACGACGGCGGCCCCGGGGAAAGCGGCGGCAGACGGCCAGUCGACGAAGACAAGCGCCGGCAGGGCCUGGCCAAGAAGCUCGAGUUCAUCAGCCACCUGCAGAAGAGCCUCGACAUGAUGGUCGUCGUCUACAUCUGCACCCUGUACUCUAUGGAAUGCUCGUUCUUCCGUUUCCUGCUGCGUCUCCUGCCGCACUACUCGUUCCUGACGCCCAAAGACGGCCUGGUGCUUCCCGCGGAGCAGCCGCACAUCUACAGCAUCUUCGUGCCCGGCGUUCUGUGCAUGUUGGCGCACAUCCUGUUUGCCCUCCCGACCGCCGGCGAGGCCGCGCGCGGCUAUCUGCACGGGGGCGUCAUCGUUGAUUUCAUCGGACAGAAACCGCCGACGACCAAGCUUGCCUUUGUGUACUUCGACCUGGCGAUUCUGGGCACGCAGUGCUUGAUGCUGGCGGUGCACCGGGAGAGGGAGAAGCUCAAGAAAAUCGUUUCGCCGUCGUUGCGAACGAUCAGCCCCAGCGGUGGCCAUUCCGAGGGCUCGGCGGCGGCCCAAACGACCCAAGACCUCGAUGCGGAGGAGCGUGGAGUAUUGAGGGUUGCAAUGAGCGUGGCGGCUGGCGGCGGAACGGAACUCCUGUCGGCCUCGGAGAGCGGCAGCAGUCAGGAGAGCGGCGGGACGCCGGCGCCAGGCGACAGCGAACGGACCGGAGACACGUAUUCGUCGGCCACAGCAAGUGUGGAUUUACUCGACAUGCUCAGGUCUGGCAACGCCCUCCUGUCCAACUUUCAUGUUAUUGAUGCCGUUCGGAGCGUUGGGAGCGGCGGUCAGAAUGCGGCUGCCUACUCGCUUCGGACCCUUGGCUAUAGCGCCACCCUCGCCGCUCUUGCUGCUGAACGGAGGAGCCGGCUGGUUCGCGACCAACGCAGGUAGCAUUGGCUGGUGAGAUGUUAUUUGGCUUGUAUGCACAAACCACAACUUGGGAGGCGUCAU